GCCCCCGGCUGAAGCGUCAGAGCACCAGCUCUACAUGGGCUCUUCCACACAGGGCCAGUCCACACGCUCCUCCAAACUUUGUGCACGGAUGUACUCCUGUGGAGGUAUUUUACACUGGGUUUGAUGCGUUCCAGCCGAGGCUUGUCGUUUCAAAUAUAUCUUCUACCGUUUGGAAACAGUCCCGGGCUUGUUUGAGUUGCUUUGAAAGAAAACUUGGUGAAACUUUUUUAAAAAUUGUAUGUGAUUCGCCUUAUGUAUGUGAUCUGCAGACAGAUGGAGCACAGCUAAAAAAAAAAAAAAAAAAAUGACCGGUGUGUUAUUAAAGUGCCUGGUCCUGGCGCUGUGUAUCAGCGCGCACAGGCUCAUGGCAGUCCACCGGGCUGAGGAGGAGGAUGGAUCCGGUGACAGCGCCUCGACCCUGGCCUUUGUGUUCGAUGUUACUGGCUCCAUGUACGACGAUUUGAAACAGGUGAUAGAGGGCGCCUCGCGGAUCCUGGAGAAGACCCUCAGCCGGAGGACCAGACCCAUCAAAAACUUCGUCCUCGUCCCAUUCCAUGACCCAGAUAUCGGUCCUGUGUCCAUUACUACUGACCCAAAGAAGUUCCAGCAGGAUCUGCAAGAGCUGUUUGUCCAGGGUGGGGGUGACUGCCCUGAAAUGAGUUUAGGAGCCAUAAAGAAAGCCUUGGAGGUUUCCCUGCCUGGUUCCUUCAUCUAUGUCUUCACUGACGCAAGAGCCAAAGACUACCGCCUGAAAAGAGAUGUUCUGCAGCUGGUUCAGCUCCGUCAAUCACAGGUGGUAUUUGUGUUAACUGGGGACUGUGGGGACCGCUCUCAGCCAGGCUACAGGGCCUAUGAAGAGAUCGCUGCCACCUCCUCCGGACAAAUCUUUCACUUGGACAAGCAGCAGGUCAACGAGGUUUUAAAAUGGGUCGAAGAGACCGUUCAGGCCAUGAAGGUCCACUUGCUGUCCUCCAACCAUGAUAGUGCCCAGGAGAACAAGUGGGAAGUGCCAUUUGACCCCAGCCUCAGAGAGGUCACUGUGUCACUCAGUGGACCAACACCACAAAUCGAACUCAGCGAUCCCUUUGGUCGUGUAGUUGGUUUGGAGCAUGGCCUUAAAGAGCUGCUGAACAUUCCCAACUCAGCCCGUGUCAUCAGCCUGAAGUUUCCCAGACCAGGGGCUUGGAACCUAAAGGUGAGUUGCAGUGGGCGGCAUACUCUGAGAGUCACAGGAGUCAGCAGUCUAGACUUCCGGGCUGGCUUUUCCACCGUAGCUGUUUCUGAGUUCAACCUCACCCGGGAAAGGCCAAUAAAAGGACUUCCAGCCCAUGUUUUGCUGAAAUGUACAGGCCUGAAGCCUCCAGGUCGGCUGAGCCAUGUGGAGCUGAUAUCUGGUUCAGGCCGCUCUUUGCGCACAAUUCCCGUACCUAUGCCCCCUGACCUCGGCCAACAAGGACUGUGGAGUCUUCCAGAGUUCCGCACCCCAUCCCAGAGCUUCUUCAUAAAGGUGACAGGCAAAGACGAGGAGGGCUACCGCUUCCAGAGGCUGUCAAGUGUCUCCUACACCAACAUUAUUCCAGAUCCCCCAGCUGUGAGCAUGCCCGAUGAGGUAGAGGGCUUCUACAUGCAGCCUGCUGUGAUUGGCUGCUCAGUGGAGAGUGACAUACCCUACAGGCUAAGAUUCACCAGACGUGGGAUUCCAGUGGGAGAGGAGAAGGUCUUUCAGAAUUCUGCCAUAACAUCGUGGGAGAUUGCCUACACAUUAGCUGAGGAUGAAGGCCUGUAUGAGUGCAUAGCACAGAGCAGUGCAGGCCAGGGACGUGCCAUAACACAGUUCACUGUUAGAGAGCCGCCUCCGGUCCUGAAGCCAGCAGUGAAUGUGACUUCCUCUGUGGGAGGCAUUGCUGUGCUGCACUGCCAGGUAGAAGGCUCCAUGCGCCACAACUUGACCUGGCAUCGAGCGGGUCAUAUCAUCCGGGCCCUCACAGGGAGGGUGAAGCUGUUGUCCGACUUGUCCCUGCAAAUCAGUGGCGUGCGGCCUCAGGAUGCUGGGGAGUACCACUGUGUGGCCACUAAUGCUGAUGGAGACAGCAGAAUCACCGUGUGGCUGUUCGUUCCAGAGGCUCCUUCUGUGGUGGUUCACCCCCAGAGCCAGGCUUUCUUCCGAGGGGAUGAGAUCCGACUCAUCUGCUCAGCAUCCGGCUACCCCCCUCCCCAGCUCUUCUGGAGCCAUGGAAACCUGUUCCUCAAUAAUCGGCCGCGGUUGAGUCUAAACCAGUAUGGGGCUCUGACCAUUAGCGGGGCCCUUCCAGAGGAUGCUGGGAACUACACAUGUCUGGCAACCAAUGAGGUUGGGACUGCCUCUCAGUCUGUGUCACUUACUUAUGCAGAGGUGCCUAGAAUAACAGUGGUGCAGCAGGCUGUACUUGUGUCUGUUGGCGGUGAUGCUACUCUGGAGUGUCAAGCCACAGGUGUUCCCUCUCCCCUUGUCCACUGGUUCAAAGGUGAGAUCAACGUGGGUUCUGCUCCAUUUGUUGAGCAGGAUGUACACCGUGGGACUUUGCACAUUCGAGAGGUGCAGGAGGUUGAUGCUGGUCAAUACAGCUGUGUGGCCAGCAGCUCUGCUGGAACUUCCACUGGCACUGUCACUCUGGAGAUUGGAGCGGGCCCAUUGUUCUCAGAGGUACCAGUUGAUGUUACGGCUAAUGUGGGGGAGAAUAUCACCCUCCCAUGCGUUGCCCGAGGUCUCCCACAGCCGACAGUGACCUGGCACAGACAGGACGGCAGACAGAUUCUUACAAGGACAGACAGCCACAGUCGAACAGUGCAGCUGGAGAACGGACAUCUUCUAAUCCAGAGUGUCUGGCUGGAUGAUGAAGGACUGUACAUCUGUGAGGCCAAGAACCAGUUUGAAACCAUCACAACUGAGGCCAGAGUUAGUGUCACUGGACUGGAACCCCCUCUCUUGGCCCAAGGUUCCCCGACCAUCACCACUGGUAUUGGUCAGUCCCUGAGUAUUCCUUGCAUGCUGUUGGAUGGUAUACCUCUUCCUGAAAGACACUGGUCCCAAAAUGGGAAACCGGUCCAGCUCAAUGGGAGGAUGUUCUUGAGAAGUGAUGGUAGUCUGCACAUUCAAAGAGCAACCCCAGAGGAUGCUGGGACAUAUGUCUGCACUGCAGUGAACAUAGCAGGCUCUGUGAACAUCACAGUCAGUCUGGAGGUCCAUGUGCCCCCUGAGAUCAGUGCUGGUCCGUACCACUACAUAGCCAAUGAAGGCAUAGCCAUCACACUGUCAUGCAAGGCUAAUGGAGUUCCCAAGCCAAAUGUUGUCUGGUCCAAGGGGAGGCAGCCUCUGCCCAAAGACCCCUCCACUCUUCAGCCUGAUCCUGAUGGACACCUCCACAUCCUCCAACCCACUGCUGAUGAUGCAGGGAUCUACAUCUGCACUGCUACCAGUCCUGUAGGCUAUGCCAGCCGAGAGAUCCAGCUCAGCGUCAACACAAUGCCUAAGAUCAUGGGUGUGAGUGGUCAUGACAACACAGUGAAGAUGGCUGCAGAGGUGGGGACAGAAGUUGUUCUCCCAUGUGAGGCCAAGGGGAGCCCUUCUCCACUAGUCACAUGGAGCAGAAAUGGGCAUCCCAUCCCCCCUGUCACAGCUGGGUUCACCGUUUUGCCUUCAGGCUCUUUAAAGAUCACUGAUGUGCGCCUGAUUGAUAGUAAGCUGUACACCUGCACUGCAGAAAACCCAGCAGGCAACGUGUCCCUAAGCUACAAUUUACACAUUCAAGCUAAGCCCAGGAUUCAACCUGCGCCUUCAAUCCUGAAAGCCCUUGCUGGCCAAACAGUGACUCUACCAUGUGUGGUCCAGGGUGAGCCAAGCCCUGAAGUCAGCUGGUUUCACAAUGGCCUUCCUGUUGGUGUCAAGAACAAUACACCCCUCAGGAUCCUACAGGUCAGCCUCGCUGACCGGGGCACCUACCGGUGUGUGGCCCAGAACAGUGCUGGACAGGAGACCCUGGAGAUCAAACUGGAAAUUCUUGAGGCCCCAUCCUUUGCGGAACCUGGAGAUGCCAUCAUGGAGAAAGUAGCAAACAGCAAGGUCAUCAUCCCUUGCCCUGCUAAAGGUUCACCUCAUCCUAAGGUUCGCUGGUUCAAGAAUGGCCUGGAGAUACAUCCGGAACAAUCAGAGUUUUCUGUGGCGAGGGAUGGAGCUCUAGUAAUUAGCACAGCAUCUGCCAGCUACAGUGGGGACUACAAGUGUGUGGCAACCAAUGAAGCAGGCUCUGUGGAGAGAAAGACUAGGUUAAAAGUCAAUGUUCCUCCUGAGAUCCAAGAUGAUGGCCAGCCACUGAACCUCACUGUCACCUUGAAGCAGCCUCUCACUCUGGGCUGCGAUGCCUUUGGGAUCCCCUCCCCAGUAAUUACCUGGACUAAAGAUAGUAAUCCUGUGGACACUCCUGUGGUGUAUCUGGAAAAUGGGAAUAGGCUGCUCAGAAUCUACAGAGUUCAGGUUGAACAUGCGGGACAGUUUGUCUGCACAGCUCAAAACUCUGCUGGAGAGGCCAGGAGAAAAUAUAACAUAGUGGUGCAGGCUCCACCAGUGAUCUCAGGAACAUCCCGACUGCAGGAGUUAACUGUGGUACUGGGCCAGGAAGUGGAGUUUCAGUGCAAAGUGAGUGGGCAACCAGUGCCCAGAGUGGAAUGGAGCCGCGAUGGAGAGGUUCUGUCCCGUGAUGGAGACCCUCAUGUGGAGUUUCUGGAAGAUGGCCAGGUAUUGAAGAUGAAGUCAAUAAGACUGAGAGACCAGGGCCUUUAUCAGUGUCUGGCCAGUAACAACGCAGGAACUCGGAUGCGCCAGUUCAGACUCACAGUGCAUGCUCCCCCUACUAUCAAGGGCCCAAAUGAGACCUCAGAGGUGUCGGUGGUGCUGGGUUUCCCCACAGUCCUCCUCUGUGAUGUUGAGGGCUCACCAGCACCCAGUAUCACCUGGCUAAAAGACGGCCAGCCCCUCGUGUCCAGUCCCCAGUUGACGUACACCCACGGUGGGCAGGCUCUGCGACUGGGCUCUGCACAGGGAGACAGCACUGGCCUCUACACCUGCAGGGCCACGAAUCCAGCUGGCACUGCAAUCAAACAUUAUUCUCUGAAUGUUCUUGUCCCACCACAGAUAGAGGGUGACUCCACAUCUUUGACACUUGGUGGUCAGGAAACAAAAGUACGGAUCAAUGGGAGUUUAACUCUUUCGUGCCUGGCCAAAGGUUUCCCUGAGCUCAAGGUUCAUUGGUUCAAAGAUGGACAGUUGCUGACUGGAACCUUCCAUGCUGGCAUUCAGGAGAAUGGCCAUUUCCUCCACAUAGAGAACGCCACGCUGUCCCAUGAGGGGCAGUACACCUGUGUGGUCACCAACUCUGCAGGAGAGGACAAGAGAGACUUUCGUAUCACCAUUCAGGUUCCUCCAAUCUUCCACCGGGUGAAUAACAGAGAAGCAGCCUGGGGUGUGGGACCUGAGGAUGAUGAUGAUAACAAUGAGGGCAUGGUAGAGAAGCGGGAGGUGGUCCUAGGCCAUCCAGUCAGCCUGUCUUGUGAAAGUAAUGCCAUCCCCCUGCCCAGGCUCAGCUGGUACAAGAAUGGACAAAAACUUAGCUCUGCUGAUGGGGUGGUGCUUCUUCCAGGAGGACAGGUGCUACAAAUAGCCCAAGUCCAGAAAGAAGAUGCUGGAAAGUAUACAUGUCAGGCUGUUAAUGAAGCUGGAGAAGACCGGAUGCACUUUGAACUGGAGAUCCUAGUUCCUCCUGUGAUCAUGGGAGCAUCAGAGGAGUUUAUGGAGGAAAUAGGAGCAGUGGUCAAUAGCACUGUGGUCCUCCAGUGCAGUGUGACUGGACACCCUGCUCCAGUCAUCUCCUGGCUGAAAGAUGGGCAGCCAGUGCAGACAGACUCACAGCACCACAUCAGCGAAGAUAGCACACAGCUCCAGCUCGUCAGUGUCCAGGUUUCAGACAUGGCCGGGUAUUUGUGUGUAGCUGAGAACAAGGUUGGAACAGUUGAGAAGUUGUUCAGUCUGACUGUACAAGUACCUCCUAGAAUAAUUGGCCAAAAGGAGGAGGAUGUUAGUGUGAUCAAGGACCACAUGGUGUCCUUGUUGUGUGACGUUCAAGCAUACCCUCCUCCAGAAAUUACCUGGACCAAAGAUGGGCAGGUCCUCCAGUUCAGCAGUGGCAUCCAUAUUCUGCCAGGAGGCCAAAUGCUACAGUUGCCACAGACAACACUGGAAGAUGCAGGACAAUAUGUAUGCACAGCCACCAACUCGGCAGGCCAGGACCAGAAGAUUAUUCACCUCAGUGUUUAUGUCCUACCCACCCUGAAGCCCCGUCUAGAUGCUGAGUCAGACUCGGUGACCCCACAGGUUGGCUCCUCAGUCACCCUGCGAUGUGAAGCCCAUGGUGUUCCUGAGCCUGACGUCACAUGGUACAAGAAUGGGCUGCAACUGGCUGUGGGGAAUGGACUAAAGAUGGAUCGUCAGCAGCUGGAGAUCGCAGGAGUUCAGAUAGCAGAUGGUGGCACCUACACCUGCAAAGUGUCCAAUGUGGCUGGACAGGUGGACAGGACAUUCAGGCUGACAGUUCAUGUUCCUCCGGUCCUUGUUGGGCCUCCCCAGGAGUCUCUGAACUACACCCUAGGCUCACGUGUGGCCCUGCUGUGUGAGGCCACAGGGGUCCCUGUGCCUAGCAUCACCUGGCUUAAAGAUAGAACCCCUAUUGAGAGCAGUCUGCAGUGGCAGUGGUCCGUUCGAGGGAACCGACUGGAGCUGGGGCCUCUCACUCUGUCUCAUGCUGGAACCUACACCUGUGUGGCCAAGAACAAUGAGGGUCAAGCUCAGAAAGACUACAUGCUCUCAGUGCAGGUAUUGCCCACCAUACUGGACUCUAACCACCCAUCUGAUGUGAGCGCACCUGUGGGAGAGGAACUGACCCUGGAGUGCAGAGCUACUGGAAUCCCCACACCCCGCCUCAGCUGGCUGAAAGACGGAGUGACUUUAGGGGGAUCAGACACCCGCCACAUCACUUUAACCUCUGAUGGCAGCACACUAACCUUGCUGAGGUUGAGUCCUGAAGAUUCUGGGACAUACACCUGUUUGGCUGUUAGCCCAGCAGGACAGGAGAGCAAAAUCUACACCCUCUUUGUACUAGUCCCACCAUCUAUUUCUGGGGAGACCGCUGUGCCCAGAGAAGUGAGGGUCACACAGGACAGCGCUGUGACUCUGGAGUGUAAGGUGGCAGGAAACCCUCCACCUCAGAUCAGCUGGCUGAAAAACAGACACCCCCUGCUCCUCUCUCCCCGCACACGCCUGCUCUCUGGUGACUCUUUGCUGAGGAUUUCUCCUGUGCAGCUGUCUGAUUCUGGAGUUUACACGUGUGUGGCCCGCAGUCGAGCUGGGCUCGCUGAGCUCAGCUAUGAUGUCCAGGUCCAAGAGGCCCCAGGUGUGGAUCAUGUUGAACCAGUGGAGCCAGUUACAGUUGUCCAGGGAUCGCUGGUUACAUUAACUUGUGAGGCGCGUGGUGUCCCACCUCCUACACUAACAUGGAUGAAGGACAGUCUGCCGCUGUCCCUCCACCGCAACCUGCUGCUGGACGGACAGGAGAUGCGGCUGCAGCUGCCUGACGUGGCUCCUUCAGAUGCAGGCCUCUACAGCUGUGUGGCUAGGAACCAGGCUGGAAGCAGCACCAAGAGCUUUAACCUCACUGUGUUAGAGCCUCCCAAGAUAUCUAGCUCCAGCUCUCCAGAAGAGCUGACCAUAGCAGCAGACAGUCCACUGGAGCUGGAGUGCUCGGCCGUGGGAGUCCCAGCUCCCACUCUCAGCGAUGGACACUUUCUCAGGAUUAACAAAGUUCAGGUCGAAGAUGCAGGUCUAUACACCUGCUUGGCCAGCAGCCUAGCUGGAGAGGAGCGAAAAAACUACUGGGUUCGAGUUCAAGUCCCCCCAACUCUCCUUGGCUCCAGUGAUGCACGGACGUUGACAGUGCCAGUUAAUGGACAUUUGACUUUGGAGUGCCUGGCUGACAGUGACCCCCCUCCAAAUAUAGAGUGGUACAAGGAUGAGAACAAACUGCAGGGUGGUCAGAUCCAGCAGCUGGCGGGGGGGCAGUACCUGGAGAUACAGGAAGUCAGGUCUGAGGACAGUGGCCAGUACAGCUGUGUGGUCACCAACAUGGCCGGAAGCACCAGUUUGUUUUUCACUGUGGAGGUCGUCUCACCACCAGUAAUAAAGGAGAGCAGCCCGGUGGUGACUGCACAAGUUGGACAGGAUGCAGUUUUACUUUGCGAAGUUGAAGCUGACUCUACACCUACAAUCACAUGGCGGAAAGAUGGCUUCCCUGUGUCUCAGGAUAACAGAAAAUACACCAGGUUGUCAGAGGGAUCCUUGCAUGUACAUGAAGUUCAGCUGAGUGAUGCUGGUCGCUACUACUGCACUGCAUCCAACCAGGCUGGCUCAGACCACCAGGGAGUGGAUCUUCGGGUAUUUGUGCCUCCUUCAAUCAGCCCUGGUCCAUUCAAUGUGACAGUAACCACAGGGAUUAGGGCUGUGCUGAGCUGUGAGACUACAGGUAUACCUCCCCCUAAAGUGUCCUGGAAGAGGAAUGGCACUCCACUCGAUAUCAGUCAGCUGCCUGCAGAGUACAGGUUAUUGUCCUCUGGGUCCCUGGUUCUUUUGUCCCCAUCCAAUGAGGAUGAAGGUUACUUUGAGUGCACUGCCAUUAAUGAUGUAGGCGAGGAGCGCAGGGUCAUUGAGGUCACCCUGCAAGUCCCACCAUCUAUUGAAGAUGAUGUCACAGCAGUUACAGCUGUGAAAAUGUCUCCUGUGGUGUUGCCUUGUCAUGUACAAGGACGCCCUCGGCCCACCAUCACUUGGAUUAAGGGUGGAAACAAACUGGGAUCCAGAGCAGGGGAUCAUCGUGUCCUUCCCACUGGUGUGUUGGAGAUAACUGCUGCUCUGCCAAGUCAUGCUGGGAGAUACACAUGUUCAGCGCGCAACCCAGCUGGGGUGGCUCACAAACACAUCUCUCUCACAGUGCAAGAGCCUCCCGAGAUCAGACCAAUGGCAGAGGAAGUACAGGUGGUGUUGCAUCAUGGGGCUGUUCUCCCCUGUGAGGUUCAAGGAUUUCCUAGACCAACUAUCACCUGGCAAAGAGAGGGAGUUUCUAUAGCAGCAGGUCACAGGCUGGCUGUGCUCUCGAACGGAGCUCUGAAGUUCUCUCGGGUCACACUUGGUGAUGCGGGGACCUACCAGUGCCUGGCAAAAAAUGAAGCUGGUGUAGCUGUGGGCAGGAGGAAACUGGUCCUACAAGUUCCACCGGUACUGAGUGUGCCUCGUGUGGAGUACACUGCAGUGCUAGGCCAGCCAGUCAGUCUGGAGUGUGUAGCUGAUGGGCAGCCUCAACCUGAAGUUACCUGGCACAAAGAGAGGAGGCCUGUUGUUGACAGCACUCGUAUACAUAUCUUUGCGAAUGGAACUCUGACAAUUACUUCUACCCAGCGCAGUGACGCAGGCCUUUACACCUGUACUGCCAAAAACCUUGUUGGCAGAGCCAGCCAUGAUAUGAGGCUAGUUAUUCAAGUCCCGCCCACGAUUCCUCCUGCACAGACAGAACUUUCAGUUGUUCAAGGAUUUCAGGCACUGCUGCCAUGUGCUGCUCAGGGUUCACCGGAACCUAGAGUAUCAUGGGAAAAGGAUGCCACCGUUGUACCUAACCGCCCAGGCAAAUUCACUGUCCUGCGAUCAGGAGAGCUGAUUAUCGAGCGAGCUGAGCCAGGAGAUGCUGGUGUGUUCACAUGCGUGGCUACCAACGCAGCAGGCUCUGUGAGACAAGAUGUUCACCUUUCCAUCAACAUGAGGCCUGCCUUCAAGGAGCUGCCAGGUGAUGCAACCCUGAACAAAGGACAGAGUCUGGCCUUGUCCUGCCAUGCUCAGGGAGCACCUUCACCUGUCAUCUCCUGGACUGUCAACAACAGACCAUACACAGGUGCUACUGUGGAUGGAUCUGGCAGGAGCUCCGUCAUCAUUGACAGUGUGACUAUGAGUGAUGCAGGAACUUAUGUGUGCAUAGCAGAAAACAGUGUGGGCUCCAUCCGAGCGCUUUCAUUUGUCCGUAUCAGAGAGCCCCCAGUGUUGAAGGGUGAAGCCCAGAUGUCUCAGACAGUCGUCCAAGGUGGCUCUGCGCUGCUUGACUGUCCAGUUCAUGGAGACCCCAGCCCUGUUCUCCGUUGGCUCCGAGAUGGAAAACCCCUGCUUCACUCCCUCCGAAUGCAGACUCUUCACAAUGGAUCUUUGUUCAUUUACAGCAUCACUGCUGCAGAUGAAGGAGAGUACCAGUGUGUGGCAGAGAGUGAAGCUGGAAUAGCUGAGAGGACCAUUACUCUCAAGGUUCAGAUCAAUGGAGGUUACUCUAACUGGGAAGAAUGGGGUCCAUGUAGUAGCACCUGUGGACAAGGCUUCCAAGAACGACUCAGAUUAUGCAACAACCCAGAACCAGCCAAUGGCGGCCAAUCAUGCAGCGGCCCCAGUAUCGACUCUAGGAAAUGUCAGGCUGGUCUGUGUCCAGGAGAGACUCCUCGCAAAACCAGAGGCAGCCUAAUAGGCAUGAUAAAUGAGAGAGAGUUUGGUGUUUCUUUCCUGGAGGCCAAUAUUACAGAAGAUGUGGAAGAGGGAAGCAGCACUCUGCAGGCCCACCUGGACAACAUCCCCCCCAGUGUGGGUCCCUUGUUGCGGGUACUGGUGUGUCUGUUUGCUCCCAUCUACUGGACCACUGUGCUGCAGAGCGGUGCAGCCAGAAACGGCUAAUCCUUCACUGAGGGCCACUUCAGACAGGAGUCUCAGCUGGAGUUUGAGACUGGGGAGAUACUUCGUAUGACCCACGUCGCCAGAGGUCUGGAUUCUGAGGGAGUUUUACUGAUUGAUGUUGUAAUUAAUGGAUUUGUGCCUCCUUCAUUAUCAACAUCUCAUCUGAGCCUACAGGAGUUUGACGAGUCAUACAUGCAAACAGGCCAAGGGCAGCUGUACUCAUGGUCAACACAGACCCACCAGAGAGGAGGAACCCCCAUAGUGCUGCGUUGUAAUCACACUAUUAUUUAUGAGGGCCAGAAGGAGCGCCAGGGCCCUCUGCUCCAGCUGCUCAAAGUCUCUGGGCUGAACAGUGUCUACAACGUGCUCACUCUCACUUUGGACUUCCAUCUUACUGCCAGUCUCCUCACACCAGAUGGUUACGGAGAUACAUGCCCUAAAGGUUUCAUUCUUGACACAGCCUCCUUCUGUGCUGAUGAAGAUGAGUGUACGCUCCAGUCUCCCUGCUCUCAUUCCUGUAACAAUAUCAUGGGAGGUUUUUCCUGUGCUUGUCCAUCUGGCUUCACCAUCUCCACCGAGACUAACGUAUGCCAAGAUAUUGAUGAGUGUGCCCAGGGCUCAAACGUGUGCCACUACAAUCAGCAGUGUGUCAACACAGUGGGCACAUACCGCUGCCAGGCCAAGUGUGGACCAGGGUUUAAGCCUAGCAUCACAGGAACCAGCUGUGAAGAUGUGGAUGAAUGCCAGGAGUCUGCGCUCUCCCCUUGUCAGCAUCAGUGUCUCAAUACUCUGGGCUCCUACCGUUGUAUCUGCCAUCCUGGAUACCAACUGUCAGGACAUCGCUGCCUCGAUAUCAAUGAGUGCAUGAGAAAUGUGUGCCCGGCCCACCAGCAGUGCCGUAACACAGAGGGAGGAUACCAGUGCUUUGACAGCUGUCCAGCUGGAAUGACCACAGCAGAGAAUGGAGCCUGCAUGGAUUUAGCUCCCACCUCCGAGUAUCACGUGUCUGGAUUUCUACAAAUGAAACUGGCAUUUUUAAAAUUUGUUAUAAUGUUGAUGAACUACAGCAAAACAACUUGUACAGCAAGUAUAAUGUGCUUUAUGCAAGACACCGAAGACAUGCUGCUGUCGAUUGUGCAUGUUUCAGAUAUAGACGAGUGCCAGGAUGGAAGUCACAUGUGUCGUUACACUCAGAUCUGUCAGAACACGGUCGGAGGCUAUGGUUGUGUAUGUCCCAGAGGCUACCGAUCCCAGGGAGUAGGCCUUCCAUGUCUGGACAUUGACGAAUGCCUGCAGACACCAAAUCCUUGUGCCUACCAGUGCCGUAAUGUCCCUGGCAGCUUCAGGUGCCUGUGCCCUCCUGGUACUGUGCUGCUUGGGGACGGGUACUCCUGUGCAGGACUGGAGAGAAGGCAGACCUUCACCAAUGGGACCAGAUUCAGGGCAGGACUCCGUCCACAGCUGGUCUCAUCUCUAGGCCGACCAAUCCUCUCCCAACCGCACGGAGUAUCCCGCAUUACAAGGCAGAGCUGUCCUGUAGGGUACACCAACAGAGAUGGCACGUGUAUUGAUGUGGACGAGUGUCUGCUCAGGAAGCCAUGCCAACACGAGUGCCGAAACACCAUAGGGAGCUUCCAGUGCCUGUGUCCUCCAGGUUACCACCUCCUACCCAAUGGCAGGAGCUGUAAAGACAUCGAUGAGUGUGUAGAACAAGGUAUCCAGUGCGGAACCAAUCAGAUGUGUUUUAAUACCAGAGGAGGAUAUCAGUGCCUGGAUACUCCCUGCCCUGCAUCCUAUCAGAGUGGAGGAAACCCUGGGACUUGCUACAGGCCCUGCUCUCUGGACUGUGCCACAGGAGGCUCUCCUCAGCUCCUGCAGUACAAGCUGCUCACGCUUCCCUCUGGCAUUCCAGCCAAUCACAAUUUGGUACGACUGUCUGCUUUCUCAGAGUCAGGCAUCUUGCAAGAUCGUACAUCUUUUACCAUACUUGAGCAAGAAUCAGAGACAGGCAUGCUGGGACAGGCAUUUGGCAUUAGAGACGAGGCAGGCAGGGGGAUCAUCUUCACCCUGCAGCCUCUGGACAGACCAGGGCUAGUGCGGCUGAAGGUGCAGGCCACCACCAUCUCGCUGCAGGGCCGCAUUACCUACCAGAGCAUCUUCAUCAUCUACAUCUCCAUCUCGACGUACCCUUACUGAACCUCGGUGCUGCAUUACAGAUGACUCCGCCACCCUGUGGGCCUCUGGGUGCCUCUCAGCCAAACAGGCAGUUCCCCAAAACCCUGUGCCUUGGAUACAUUAGACCCUGCAAAGACACUAAUGUACAGGAGAAGGUGGACAUGGUUAGUAAGUGGUUUUUAUUAAAAUGUUUACCCCAGUCUGUAGUUAAAAGUUCAGUGGAAAAAACUCUGGGAGAGAAAAGAUUCCCUUUUUCUUAAAAAGUUGCCUUCAGUAAGAUCUGUUUCAUUAAUGACAGAGCAGAAUGGUAUCUACUGAAGAAAUCUGAAAUGGCAAAAAUGCAGGAUGAACAAAAUAUUUUGUUCAUUUUUUUCACCAUAUGCUCUGUCUGGGGGAAAUGCCAUGAGUGUAUCUUUAAAUAAUCAGAAAAUGCAGAAACACAAACCAAGCACUGAAGUUAUUUAGCAUCCAUCAGGAACUUUUAUGUUCUACUACCUUUCAUGUUGCAUGUUAGUUUCAAAUGGUGAAUAUUAUAAUUCUGGGGGAGAUGUGUUCUCGUAUGAAGAUACAUUUGCUGCCUGCACUUGAAAAUACAAGUCCUUUCACAGCUACGAAAGUGUACGUUCCCCCUCAUUAUUUUAAUUUAUUUAAGUCCUUUGAACACAUCACUGGUUCCAACAAGCUCUUGUCACAGAAGGUUUGCAUCAGUAACGAUCUGCUGGCAUUGUAAUGACCAACCUUCAGAGGCACAUUGUAACAGUGGCUUGUAGCUACCUAGCUAGUGACAGCGUUUCAUCUAUUGUGCAUCUUUGUACUCUUUUAUAACAUUUUAUAUUACGUGAAAAAGUUUUUAAAGGUGCUAUUCUGAAUAUACUGAAGUGUUUUGAGUGGUGCUGGUGUUAUAGCAAAAGUAGUUAAUAUCACCAUAGGACUGCACAUACAGCUACUGUACUGCAGUGGGGUAUUAGCUACCUAAUAGCAUCUAUUUUCUGCAUUCAUGAUGCUAUAUGCAAGAUUUUGAUAUUCUCAUUUCAACUUUUUUUUUUUUAUUAGUUGGUGUCAAGAAAGGUUAUUGCUCAUGAAUCAUCACUGUACAAAUCUGAGAACUGCACCUGCAAAAUGUUUGUCCUACUCUGGCAGACUGCUGUAAAUUUCACAUAUUUCUACAAAUAAA